AAAAUGAGUGACAUCAAGUCUUUCGAGGGACACCUCGCCGAAAAGAAGCCAGCGUUGUCUGGAAAACGUGGAAGAUCCAACGACGACAGUGUACCGGACUUUUCGCUUCCGCCGCCGUUUAAAAUGCAAAAAAUUGAAGACCCGCAUGCUUCUUGCACGGCUACCAUUGCUGAACUCAGAGAACAAAUAGCUAAGAUGCAACAAACGUCGAAGCAAAAAGAUGCGCAAAUUUUUAUGAAAGAUAAAUUGAUUUUCGUUCUGAAAGCAAAACGUUUCGCCGCCGAAACUGAGCUUCGCAAAAAGAUGGACUCCGAAAAAAAAGUUCAUAACAGGAAAGCGGAAAUGUUAACGAAUAAAGUCCAAACACUACAAAACGAAGUUGACGCUUUGACCAAAAGCAACCACAAACUGAGUGGAAAGUGUGGCGGCAAGGCGAAAUAA